AAGUUUAAUAUACAAAGGGACAUUUCACAACAGUAUUCACAUAGUAAGGCCUUAUUUAUUACUGUUAUUAUUAUUAUAGAAAUAAAUUCCAAAAAUGAUUCCCUUUGAGGAAGCGCUUUGGCGAAGUCUAAUUUUGGUCUUCGCUACUUUCCGUAACUCAACUCCUUACGUCACACAUAACAAGUAUGGCGGCGCCCUCUGAGCUGCUGGAGCGUCGUGUGUUGGAUAAGAAGGGUUAAAACUCAAGUUAAAGGAGCGGUUUUUAAACCUGGACUGUUGUAGUUUUCUGUCAGGUAGUUUCGUGGAGGUUCGAGCCGCUGACUGAAGUGAAAGAUGGGGUUUGAGCGGCUGCUGUGCGGGGCGCUGCGGUGCUCCUCCGGACGCUUCCUACUCGGUAACAUUCGGCAGACAGUCUUUCGAAAUGCGUCCACUUCACCGAGCAGCAGCAGCAGCACCGGGGUCUCUGUUCCAGGAUUGCUCAGCGGGUUAUUUGUCCGCCAGCCGGCCGCCCGUCGCAGCUUCUGCAGCUCCGCCCAACCCUCCAGAGAUGUCACCUUGUUCGAGCACGACAGGACCCGCUUCUUCCGGCUGCUGGCGGUGUUCUGCGGCGGCCAGUGCAUCUUCUGGACGUACCUGGCUCACUUCGCCUACACCGGCCUCAGAGACACAGCAGAGAAGGGCAAAGCCAAGGCGGCCAGCACCACCACCAUCGGGCUGGCCGGGAUGUGGAGCUUUGAGAUGAACCUGGGCUCCAGCACCUGGAGGUACGGCUUCACGCUGGGAUGCCUGGCGGUGGGAGUGGGGAUAGUCGGGCUCGGGGCUCUGUUCUGCACGCGCUCUGUCAGCAGGGUGGUUCUGCAUCAAGGUGGGAAGAUGGUGACCGUCUGCACACAGUCGCCUUUGGGGGCAGAGCAGGGCCGGAGAAUAACUGUCCCGCUGUCCCAGGUGGCCUGUCACGCCCACAGACACGAGUCCCCCUCAUUCAUCCCCCUCAAAGUCAAAGGACACAAGUUCUACUUUCUGCUGGACAAAGAGGGGACUGUGAACAACGCCCGGCUGUUUGACGUCACUGUGGGUGCAUACCGGCCAGUUUAAGCUGUCCUGGACACUAAACAGACUCGCACACGGCUGCCAAAACACUAUAUCAGUGUAUUUUUGAUCAUGUCAGUUUAAAUUAAAUAAAAUCUUUGAUAUC